AUGGGCGCAGCUGCCUCCAAAAGGAAGGCGCUGAGGAGCGAGGCCAUGUCCUCGGUGGCGGCCAAAGUGCGGUGAGUGAGGGGCUGGGGCGGGGGAGAGGCGUACGCACACCGCAACCAUCCAUCUCGCAAUCAGUCUGAUCACCUGCUGGCUGAUGCCUUUGCUGGCCAAGAAGAAUCUCCUGAGAUGCAGCCAGCCUCCCAGAACAAACGCCGCCUUUCCCUCAUCUCUGAUGGCCGCUAUGAGGGUGGUUUCUUGGAGGAGGCGGCAGGUGAGAAGGCAGCGAGUGAGGGCCCUAAGCCAAGGGUAUAUACUAUCUCUGGGGAACCUCCCCUCUUGUCUGACCCCGAGGCAGAGGGCAUCGAGCUGUCAGUCAUGAAGGGCCGGCAUCGGGGGGAACACCACCAGAGCCAACCCCUGCAGGGCUCGGGCAGCAGCGAGAGUGUCAGCCGGCCCUGCAAGAGCUGGGCUGGCAGCCGCCAGGGCUCUAAGGAAUGUCCCGGCUGCUCCCAGCUGGCCCCAGCACCCUCCCAGCAGUCUUUUGAGCUGGACCAUCACCAGGCCCCUGAGCCGUCAGGCCGCCGCAAGAAGCUGGAGCGGAUGCACAGCAUCGACCGUGUGUCUGAUGAGGUCCCUGUCCGCACCUGGUUCCCCAAGGAGAAUCUCUUCAGCUUCCAGACUGCAACAACCACUAUGCAAGCCAUCUCGGUGUUCAGGGGCUACGCUGAGAGGAAGCGCCGGAAACGAGAGAAUGAUUCCGCAGCCGUAAUCCAGAGGAACUUCCGGAAGCAUCUUCGAAUGGUGGGCAGCCGGCGUGUGAAAGCCCAAACCUUUGCUGAACGUCGAGAGCGGAGCUUCAGCCGGUCCUGGAGCGACCCCACCCCCAUCAAAACCGACUCCUUCCACGACUCCCGAGACAGUCAUGACCUCCAGAAUUCCUGCUGUACCCUGGAUGAGGAUCUGGAAGAUUUAGAUUGGGAGACUGAGAAAGAGCAGGAAGCUGCAGCGUGUGACUUCGAGGACUUUGCCCCCCCCAAAGUCAUGCUCAUAUCGUCCAAGGUUCCCAAAGCCGAGUAUAUCCCAACCAUCAUCCGCAGGGAUGACCCAUCCAUCAUCCCCAUCCUCUAUGACCAUGAGCAUGCAACCUUUGAAGACAUCCUGGAGGAGAUUGAGAAGAAGCUGAAUAUUUACCACAAAGGAUCCAAGAUCUGGAAGAUGCUCAUCUUCUGUCAGGGCGGCCCAGGUCACCUCUACCUACUCAAGAACAAAGUAGCCACAUUUGCCAAAGUGGAAAAGGAAGAGGAUAUGAUUCACUUCUGGAAGCGCCUGAGUCGUCUGAUGAGCAAAGUGAACCCUGAACCAAAUGUCAUCCACAUCAUGGGCUGUUACAUCCUAGGGAACCCCAAUGGGGAAAAGCUGUUUCAGAAUCUCAAGGCACUCAUGAUGCCCAACAGGGUGGCCUUUGAGUCUCCUCUGGAGUUAUCAGCACAAGGCAAGCAGAUGAUUGAAACUUAUUUUGAUUUCCGGCUGUACCGUCUCUGGAAGACGCGCCAGCAUUCCAAGCUGCUUGACUACGAUGACAUCUUGUGA